CGCCCCGCCUUUUGCGCCACGACCACGCCCCCUUCACGUAUCCACGCCACGCCCACCAAGUGGUCCAGUAGCUGAUUGAUUGGCGCAGAUGCGUUCGCCGUGUUUCUGCGCGAGGACGGGACGCAGUGGCUGCAGGCAUGCCGCUAGCACGCAGUUUCUCCGUGACCUCCCUGUCGGGUCUAGAGGAGUGGGACGAGGAGUUCGAUUUGGAGGAUGCGGUCCUGUUCGAAAUCGCAUGGGAGGUGGCCAAUAAAGUUGGAGGCAUCUACACUGUGAUCCAGACGAAGGCGCGUUUGACCUGUGAGGAAUGGGGAGAAAACUACUUCCUAGUGGGGCCCUAUAUGGAGUCCAAUGUCAGGACCCAGGUUGAAUUGAUUGAACCUCCGAACGCAGCACUGAGGAGAACCAUCGAUAAGAUGAACAGCAGUGGCUGCAAGGUGUAUUUUGGCCGUUGGCUGAUUGAAGGCUCUCCGUAUGUGAUCCUGCUGGAUGUCGGUUUCACCGCCUGGUCUCUGGACCGCUGGAAGAGUGAAUUAUGGGAAAACUGUGCCAUCGGCGUGCCCUGGUUUGAUCGUGAGGCCAACGACGCCGUUCUGUUCGGCUUCCUCACUGCCUGGUUGCUCGGAGAGUAUGCGGCCCAGUGUGAAGAUCCUCCACAUAUCCUGGCUCAUUUUCACGAGUGGCUGGCCGGCCUGGGGCUGGUCUUAUGCCGACAGAGGCACUUGCCUGUAGCAACCAUUUUCACCACACAUGCCACACUGCUCGGCCGAUACCUGUGUGCCGGGAACGUCGACUUCUACAACAACUUAGCAGAGUUUAAUGUCGACAAGGAGGCAGGGGAUAGACAGAUUUAUCACCGCUACUGUUUAGAGCGCGCCGCAGCACGCUGCGCUCACGUCUUCACCACUGUCUCUAAAAUCACAGCCAUCGAGGCUGAACACCUUCUCAAAAGAAAACCAGAUAUUGUGACUCCGAACGGCUUGAAUGUGAAAAAGUUCUCAGCCAUGCACGAGUUUCAGAACCUCCACGCUCAGAGCAAAGCUCGCAUUCAAGAGUUCAUCAGAGGCCAUUUCUACGGGCAUUUAGAUUUUAACCUAGAUAAAACCGUGUUCCUCUUCAUUGCCGGACGCUAUGAGUUCUCAAACAAAGGAGCUGACGUUUUCCUCGAAGCCCUGGCCAGACUCAACUAUUUACUGAGGGUAAACCACAGUCAGGUGACAGUCAUCGCGUUCUUUAUCAUGCCCGCUCGCACCAACAACUUCAACGUGGAGACACUGAAGGGUCAAGCCGUACGGAAACAGCUCUGGGAUACGGCCCAUACUGUGAAAGAGCGCUUUGGGAAGAAACUCUACGAAUCGCUGCUAGUGGGGCAGCUCCCAGAGGUGUCAAAGAUGUUGGACAAGGAGGAUUUCACCAUGAUGAAGCGGGCAAUCUUUGCUACGCAGCGCCAGUGUCUUCCUCCCGUCUGCACCCACAACAUGCUGGAAGACAGCUCAGACCCCAUCCUCAGCUCCAUCCGCCGCAUCGGCCUCUUCAACAGCGCUCAGGAUCGCGUCAAGGUCAUCUUUCAUCCAGAGUUCCUUUCCUCCACCUCGCCGCUGUUGCCUAUGGACUAUGAGGAGUUUGUAAGAGGCUGCCAUCUAGGAGUCUUUCCUUCAUACUACGAGCCCUGGGGAUACACACCAGCGGAGUGUACUGUGAUGGGGAUUCCCUCUGUCUCCACUAAUCUCUCAGGGUUUGGCUGUUUUAUGGAGGAGCACAUAGCUGACCCAACUUCUUAUGGGAUUUAUAUUCUGGAUCGGCAGUUUCGCAGCGUUGAUGAGUCAUGUAACCAGCUGACCUCCUUCCUGUUCCAGUUCUGCCAGCAAAGCCGCAGACAGCGGAUCAUCCAGAGGAACCGCACAGAACGCCUCAGUGACCUGCUGGACUGGAGAUACCUGGGCCGGUAUUAUAUCUCCGCUCGCCAUAUGGCUUUGGCCAAAGCUUUCCCCGAGAGUUUUGUGUACGAGGCCCAGGAUCCAACCUCAGUAAGCGAUGACUACGGGCUUCGUUACCCUCGUCCUGCCUCGGUGCCACCCUCACCUGCCCACUCGCUCCAUUCGUCCCCACAUCACAGCGAGGCUGAGGACGAGGACGAGGCAUACGACGAAGACCUGGAGGCUGAGAAAGACCGCGUGAACAUCCGGCAACCUCUCACUCUGCCGAUCAAGAGCAAAAGCCUGGCAGUCGAUUUACCUGAGAAAAACUAACACUAAAUAUACACACUUUCUCACCCACGAAAGCACUGCUGUUCACUUCUCGUUGGGUAUUUCCGGGGUUUGAAAAGUAAACCAAGGUAUUUAUUUGAGAAAAAAAAUAUACUGUUCACAUGAAGAGAUACUGUAUUUUAUUUAGAAAGAAAAAAUAGGUGAAGCGACAUCUUCCGCACUUGCAAGUAGACUCGAAUCAUUUUAUUCGCCUCUGAAAGGCCUGUCGCUUCAAUAUGAAAUGUUAAUAAUAGUAAUAUUAGCCAGUUGCUGUGUGAGGAAUGUCUCUCUAUACCUCUAGAAAGCCUGUUAAACUAAGAAAUACUGCUUUUACAAAAAAAAAAGUGGGAUUGUAAGACGAGGCAGAGCAUUUUACCACAAACCAGCAUCAGGAAAAAUACAGAUACAAAGCAAUCUGCAAUACCACUGAACCCUUUUGAUCUUUUUUUUAUUACUUCAUUAUUGUUCUAGAGACUUGUCCCAGUUUUAUAGUAACCAAGGCACAACAGAGGAAGAAAACUUCUCUGUUUUUGACAAUUCUUUCAUAUCACCUUAUACAAUCUAAAAUGUCAAAGCGUCGCCUUGCUGCAACGAUAAAUCUGUUUUUCUCAGACAGUUUGUGAAUAGACUCUCUUCAUAACGACUGCACUUAUACACAGAAAUAAUGGAGCCUACUUUAAAAUGAAUGUGGAAAUUAAUGCUGAAGCGUAUGUAUUGUAAUGUGCACAAACACAACGUUUGGAAAAUCUAUCGGUUGUAGAACAAAUUAAAAUAUAUAUACAUCUA